UGGUCGCACGAUGGUGUCUCUAGGACUUGAAGUGGUCGGCGUCGCUCUCUCGGUGCUCGGCUGGGCACUGUGUGUGGUCAGCUGUGCCCUGCCAAUGUGGAGGGUGUCCGCUUUCAUCGGCGCCAACAUCGUCACCGCGCAGGUGUACUGGGAGGGCCUGUGGAUGAGCUGCGUCUUCCAGAGCACGGGGCAGAUGCAGUGCAAGGUCUACGACUCCAUGCUGGCGCUGCCGCAGGACCUGCAGGCCGCCAGGGCGCUCACCGUCGUCUCCAUCAUCGUGGGCCUGCUGGCUCUCCUCAUCUCCAUCGUCGGGGCAAAGUGCACCAACUGCAUCGAGGACGAGGUCGCCAAGGCCAGGGUGAUGGCCGCCUCCGGGGGGGCGUUCAUCGCGGCAGCUCUGGCCCAGAUAGUGCCUGUCUCCUGGUCAGCACACUCCAUCAUUGUAGAGUUCUACAGUCCACUCAUCCUCUCUGGACAGAAGAUGGAGAUCGGGGCAGCGCUAAGAAAGGGAGCCAACAUGUCGAUGGGCUUGGAGAUCGUGGGCAUCGCCCUUGGGUUCGUUGGAUUUGUUAUUUCUAUAGUGACGUGUGCGCUGCCGAUGUGGAAGGUGUCGGCCUUCAUCGGAGCCAACAUCAUCACCGCCCAGACCACCUGGGAGGGUUUGUGGAUGAACUGCAUCACCCAGAGCACAGGCCAGAUGCAGUGCAAGAUCUACGACUCGAUGCUGGCCUUGUCUCCGGAGCUGCAGGCGUCCAGAGCGAUGACCAUCAUCUCCAUCAUACUCGGGGUGCUUGGGAUCAUGAUCUCCAUCGUCGGCGCAAAGUGCACGAACUGCAUCGAAGACGAGCCGUCCAAGGCCAAAGUGAUGAUCAUCUCUGGAAUCUUCUUCCUGCUCGCGGGCCUUUUGGUCCUCAUCCCCGUCUCCUGGACCGCCAGCGUCAUCAUCAGGGAUUUCUACAGCCCCCUGCUGAUCAGCUCGCAGAAGCGGGAGCUGGGGGCAUCCCUCUACAUCGGCUGGGGGGCGGCCGUCCUGCUCCUGAUUGGCGGGGCGCUGCUGUGCAAGAGCUGCCCGCCAAAAGAGAGGGCGUACAAGCCACCCCGGAUGGCGUUCACUGUCCCGCGCACCGCCAGUGCAGGUGGAGCGUACGACAGGAAAGACUAUGUUUGAACUGCCCUGAAAUGUCUAGCAGAUUGAUUUGUAAAGUAGAUACAAAGACAAAGAAAGGGCUUGUUGCACAUGAGUGUUUUUUAUUUUUGUUUCUGGUCUGAAACCACACGAAAAGACUCCGAUAUGAAGAUGUAUAUAGAAAUAUUGAUGUUUCUGCUUUGCUUGUGGCUGACACGUACUCAUUUUGACGCCUCUGCUCGGCAGGUGCGUCGUCUUUGGGACGUUCUCAUGUUCAGCAUAUAUGGACACCAAGUCCUUCUUUAUUCCUUUGAAAUGUCUUCUUUUGAAGCUGCGCCCCUCGGAGCACAUGUCAUAUUUAUGCUAGAGCUUCUGUGUCAUUAUGUGCAUUUGCAAAACUUCCUGCGACUUGUGUGUGCGUGGCUCGAUCGUUAGCCGGCUGGUGUCGCGUUUCACUGAAACUCACAGUUUAAACACCGCGUGUCACGUCCCUGACAAUGACGAGGAAGAGUCGGCUCUCAUUUUACAUGGAUUUGGAUGUGUGAUUGUUUAGAUUGUGUGUGUGUGCGUGCGUGCGUGCGUUCAUGUGUGUGUGUGUGUGUGUGUUUUGCAUGUGAUAUUUGCUUAGGAGAGUUUCUGCUGAGACUGAAACUAAAGAUGGGUCCAUGACAUGGCCUCAGGUAACAACUUCAUCUUUUUCAACACACGGAGGGUUUCAGUUGGCAUGAGACUUUUUUGUGUGUGUUUAUUAUACAUUUCUGACAGGAAAUGUAUUUCAAAUGUAUUUUAACACCAUAUUAUUCCAUUGUGUGUUCGUGUUUCGAGAAGAUUUUUAAUUGUUGUGUCUUCAUUCCAAACAUUUUUAUAUCUUUUCUAUUAUUUGAGUAUCAGACAACCAGCAUCCUUAGUGUGUGUGUGUGUGUGUGUGUGUGUGUGUGUGUGUGUGUGUGUGUGUGUGAGGGAGACAGAGAGACCCUGAGGGUACUGUUGACAGUACUGUUGAGCUGUUGUAGGAUGUGUGUUUCCGGAUCAGCAGGAUGUGUUUUGUGGGCCUAUACAGGUCUACUCAAACACUGUUCCAAGAGCGAUUCAAUGUCUCAUAGUUCUGUAUGAAUUUCAAAUAUGUUGAAGAUUUCAAUAAAAGUCAUCU